AUGAUGAGCUGGUGGUCUUCAGGGGCCAACACUGCCCUGGACGAGCAGAUUGAGAAGGCGACGAGUAGCAGUUUAGAAGAUAUUGCGCUCAACCUCGAGAUAUCCGAUGUUAUUCGAUCCAAGACCGUCCCACCCAAAGAUGCCAUGCGUUCUCUCAAAAAGCGAAUUGGACAUAAGAAUCCCAAUACGCAACUAAGCGCUCUUGAGCUUACGGAUACAUGCGUCAAAAACGGCGGACAACAUUUUCUGGUCGAGAUCGCCUCGCGUGAAUUCAUAGACAACUUGGUCUCCUUACUCAAGGCUACAGGACCUGCUGCCGUCAACGCAGACGUACGUACCAGGAUCCUUGGACUGAUACAGUCCUGGGCAGCUGUCACACAGGGUCGCGUCGAACUUUCAUACAUAGGGGAGGUUUACAAGACUCUACAGCACGAGGGCUUUCAAUUUCCCCCUAAAGUCGCCGUGGCCACCAGCAUGAUUGAUAGCAGUGCGCCUCCCGAGUGGACCGACUCAGAUGUCUGCAUGCGUUGCAGAACUCCAUUUACCUUCACAAACCGGAAGCACCAUUGUCGCAACUGCGGUAGCUGUUUUGAUCAACAAUGCUCUUCGAAGUCGAUCCCGUUACCACAUCUUGGCAUAAUGCAGCCGGUCAGGGUGGAUGAUGGCUGCUAUGCCAAACUCACGGACAAGAGCAGGGGUUCAGGAGCCUCUGGCGCCGGCGCAGGAUACGAUCGAAAGUCGCCUAGCCUGUAUUCUUCAUUCCCCCACAAGAACCGAUCGUCGUCGGCGAUGCAGCCCCGGAGUGCUAGGGUUGACGACGGGUUUGACGAAGACCUGAAAAAAGCCCUGGCAAUGAGUCUGGAGGAAGUCAAGAGCCAUUCCAGAAAUUAUGCGCCCGCAAGCAAUGGCAUUGCCAACGGCGGCCAGUCAAAGAUUAAUGGGGAUUCUUCCGCAAUGAAGACUGUGGAGGAGGAAGACGAUGACCUCAAGGCUGCAAUCGCAGCAUCUCUGGCUGACAUGGAGGAGCAGAAGAAAAAGCAUUCUGCAGUACUUCACGAACAGACACAUAGUUCGGAGCCGGCAUCUGCGUCUACCUUCGUUCCACCCAAGAAUGACUAUGAGCUCACACCGGUUGAAGCGGAGAACAUCAACUUGUUUGCGACGCUAGUGGAUCGCCUGCAGACGCAACCUCCUGGGACCAUUUUGCGAGAGCCCCAGAUCCAGGAACUCUACGACAGUAUUGGGACACUUCGGCCAAAGUUGGCGAGAACCUACGGAGAGACCAUGAGCAAACACGACACCCUUCUUGAUUUACAUGCCAAACUCGCAACAGUAGUGCGCUACUAUGACCGAAUGCUCGAGGAGCGGCUCUCAAAGGCCUACGGCCAGCGCAGUUUUGCGGGCUACAACAUGCCUGUAGCUAGCCAGACAUCGAGCCCUUAUCCAUCGCUGCAAGGCCCCAGUGCACCUGCGAAUGUUCCCGGAGAGAGUUUCUACACCGGACAGCCUCAGCACGACUACGCCGAGCCGUCACGGCAACCGUCAUAUCCUCCACAGGCCCCUGGCGCUCAACAGCAGUUCCAUCAAUACGCGCCACCUCACCAACCUUCUCAGCCCAGCGAGGGCUGGCAGGCUUCGCACACUCCUGCCCCGUCAGCCCAAUAUCCCGGACAACCUCCCCAGCAGUCGACAGAGUCGAUUCAUUCCCAUUCCAGCGCUCACAAUCACCAGAACCUUGCAGCGCCAAGCGCACCGGAUCAACCGCUUUCAACUCCCACCACGGAUCCAGCCGCCUCUUAUUAUUUUAAUCAGCAACAAGUAUCCGCACUGCAAACGCCAGUGUCUGUCCCCGCGGAGCCUGUACAAUCGCCAUACCCCAACUUGCAACAGCAGCAACAACAACAGCAGCAGCAACAGCAACAGCAACAACAACCUGCACAAUACCAACACUCACCUGGCCUUGGGGGCCAAGCGCCGCAGCAACAACCGCACACACAGCCUCAGCAGCCCCAACAGCCGUACUGGCAACAUUCAGCAUCCCAGAACACUGCGUUGCCGACAAAUCACCAGCCAUGGCCCCAGGUGCCCAAUAGACAAAGCGGAUCUUACGUGCAAGAGCCCUUGCCUUCUGCGCCCCAGCACGCACCGCAAAAGCCCGUCGUAGAGGAGGCCCUCAUUGAGUUGUAG